UCUCCUCAUGAGCUGUGUCACACUGACAGCUCAGGGGACAUGUACACUGAUCAUCAGGGCACUGAUGAUCAGUGUGCCCUGAUGAUCAGUGUAGCCCCAGCAGUGCCACCUGUCAGUGCUCAUCAAUGCCACCUGCAAGUGCCUAUCAGUGCCACAUCAAUGCCACAUAUCAGUGCCCAUCUGAGCUGCCUUUCAGUGUCACCUAUCAGUGCCAGUCAGUGCCACCUAUUAAUGCCAGUCAGUGUCACCUAUCAGUGCUGCCAGUCAGUGCCACCUAUCAGUGCCAGUCAGUGCCACCUAUCAGUGCCAGUCAGUGCCAACUAUCAGUGCACAUCAGUGUUGCCUAUCAGUGCUGCCUAACAGUGCCAGUCAAUGACACAUAACAGUGCCAGUCAGUGCCGCCUAUCAGUGCCACCUAUCAGUG